UCACAGUCAAUCGGUGAAUAGAGUUCAGUGGCGAUAGGCGUGUGUAUCAGCAGCCAGGCAAGCAUACGGCGCGUUUCCCCGAGUAUCUGCGCUGCGAGGAAAUCUUAUACCUUUACCUUCCAUACGACUCUCUCUCGUAUUGGAUGUGCAGAUGAACAGACAUUUUGAAAAGUUAGAGGCGUGAAAAUUCUGAUUUUUCCCUUUUCUGGGCUGAAUUUAUAGUGUUUUGUGACUUUUAUCGAGCGAAUAUGGUGUGCUAGUUGUGAAACAGCAUAAAGUAUGGUGAAGUAACGAAGAAACUAGUGAUUUUCAUCAGUGUAAUUAACUCUAGCUGGACUUUGGAUCCAAGCCCAGUAUUGAUUUUCUAUUUUCUCUCGAUGGUAUAAUUUAUGUGCAAGGCUUAAAAACCGCUUUGGCAUAUGGCGAUGAAGUGACGAACUGAACUGAAAUUAACAAAAUUUUGUUUUUUCGCAGGACAAUGUGUAUGGUGUUGAAAAAAAUACCUAAAAUCAUUCAAACUUUGAACAACGCAAUAACGGAGGAAAUUGCACUGUGAAAGCAAAUUUAAUCGGCGAUAAGAAGACUGUGUCAUUCUUUCCUGUUAUCUCGGUUCCCAAAAGUCGUACCUCCUGGUGGGUUCUCUCUGUACUGAUGCAACCUUAAUAGACGUGUUUUCCCUUGAGGUUCGGAUUUCCAUUAAAACUCUCAGCGUUAUGAACCAUUCUGUUGCUUGUGGGGAAUAAGUGGGAGAAACUUUAGGGAACAAUCUACUGUAGUAGUGAGGGAGCUCCAGAAUGUGGUAUUGUGAGAUCGAAUCUACGAAAAGUGAAUCGAACAGGCAGUGAUGAAUCGAAAACAGCUGUGUAUACAGAAAAUAAUGAUUGCUUCUCAACUAUCGUGAUAAACAACAGGAACAAAAGAGAUUCGAGAAUCUAAUAAUAGCGUCGAGUGUGAAGAAGAAUCAUCGUGUUAGCAGCGAAACGUCACCAGCGCGUCAUUUAACCUGCGAUCGCGUCGCAGAUGAAACCAGUAGCGUAUGAAAUCUGUGAAACCACAACGUAUCAUCUAUUACCCGAUCAGAGUAGUGCGGAGGACAGUGUGAGUGAAUCUGAAUAGUGUGUGACACUCCAAUCGAUAGAUAUAUCUAUCCUAGUGACUCGGAAGAAAAGACAGUGUUUAAAUAGUGUUGUGUCCUGAAGCAGCAGCCGCCCAUCAGCGUCGCCAAAACUCGACCACGGGUAUGCUAUUUAAUGGACACAAGGAGACGUCGAAGUGUCGUCUAUGGCCGAAUCCGUUGGUAAGCAAGUGCUCUCUGCAGUGACGGAGGGGCAUCAUCAGCAGCAGCAACAACAACAUCAUCGGUAUCUACACCACCAUCAAGCAGCAACAACAGCAGCCUCCAGUAGCAGCAGCAGCAAAAGCAGUCGAAGAUCGAACAGCAGAACCUCCCAAAAGGCAGGAGCUUCUCAACGCUCGGAAACGUCGACCGCAGAUCACCACAGCAGUAGUAGACAAAGCAGCAGCAGUAGAAAGCGCAAACACGGCGAGCCAGACCGCAAAACCAGAGAAAGUGGCAAGCAGCAUAAUUCGACGCCCUCGCCAGUAGCUUUCCGAACUCGUUCACGUACAGUUUCCAAGGAAAUCCCACUUCCGAUUGUCCCCACCACCAGCAGCAGCAAGACCCAACCGUCUUCGUCACCUUCGGAGGACGUCCACAAGCGCCACGGCGCCCUACGAAAGAACGCUGCCACUUUACAUGAUAGUACAAAGUCCGCUAGCAAUAGUAAUAGUGCCGCAACCGCCGUUUCAACGUCGUUAACAGUAUCGCCAAGUGCAUCGACGCUUUCCUGCUCAUCGUCGCUAUCUUCGCUAUCGUCCCUUCCGUCCGAGGGAGGACCCAUUAAGCGCACCAAACAGCCCCAUUCAGAUCCGCACGACUACUACCUAGGUCCCAGUUCCAGUAGUAGCACCAGCAGCAGCAGCCGUGGAGGUAGUAGCCUCAGUUCUAUUGCUUCUUCAUCCCGGUCCAUUGAGAAGACGAAACGGAAAAAGAGCAGUGAUUCAAAGCUAUCGAAAAAGAUUUUCGAUCGAGUAUUUCUGGGUGAGUUCGCAGAAGAGCCACAACACCAGCAACACAAGCGUAACCGAUCAGGUCCCAAGACAGACCAGUUAAGAGCAGUACAAGCACAAGCUAGUACGGUGGAAGAGGGACGGAAUCUGCGUUCCCAUCACCAUCACACGGAAUCGACAGCGGUUGCUUCUUCGUCGAGCGGCGGCGUAGUUCCGAAAAAACGACAGAAAGUGGGGGACCAACAUCCGGACGGUACGGGCAGUAGCCAUAAAGCCCCGAACCUGGGGGCACGUCUAGCUCGUAGCAGCGGAGGUAGGGAGCCCCAACAUCACCAUCAUCACCAACAGCAGCAGCAGCAACAUCAUCAGUAUCAUUUCGGUAGUGGUCACAUUGGUAGUGCAAGUAGUAGUAGUAGCAGUAGUCACAACAGCACCACCCAGGGGCACCUACCUAGCGGCCUGCUAAGACGUAGUUCUCGUGGCAAAGGUUCUCAUCAAUCCGCAACAACGGGUUCUUGUGUUAGUUCCAAUACCGCCAAUCCCAGUCAAGUCCAGCUGCAGCCACAAUCAUCAUCACGCUCCGGAAGCCAUCGUGGUGGUGGUUCCGGUAGUGCUUCGGCCAAUCUCCAUUCGGCUGGGAGUUCAUCCGGUGCUACUGCCAAAGGUUCAUCCUCCAAAGGUGCCUCAUCGUAUUCGUCAUCGGUGCUGACGGCCAACAACAACAAUUCCACAUCCCUCGGAUCCCUAGCGGCAGGUUACGAUCCAACGGCAGCAGCUCCUGGACCAUCUAACUCAGCAAUGGCCAAUGAUGGCUCCCGUAACAAUAACAACGAUCAUUCGCAUCAUCAUCAACCAAGUGGUUCCAGCUCAUCGCACCCAUUCAUCAAACUGCACAAAACGACUAGCCUUGGGUCGGCUUCGGUCGCUACAUCCGCUCCCAUCGAUGUGAACAUGAUGAACGUGGCCGGAGCUUCCGGUGGCGGUGCUUCGAAUUCCGCCAGCUUAGGUGCUGCCGCUGCUGCUCCGCAUCCCGAUUCGGAAAGUGACGACAGCGAAGUUGGCAGGCUUCAAGCUCUCCUGGAAGCACGUGGUCUCCCUCCGCACUUGUUCGGUGCCCUGGGACCCCGAAUGCACCACCUUCUACAUCGCACCAUGGGAGCCAACAGCAGUUCCAAAGCGCAACAGCUCCUCCAAGGGCUUCAGUGUCAAGACGAAAGUCAACAGCUACAAGCAGCAAUCGAAAUGUGCCAAAUGUUGGUCAUGGGCAACGAGGACACCCUGGCAGGAUUCCCCAUCAAACAGGUUGUCCCCGCUCUGAUCACACUUCUCCGCAUGGAGCACAACUUUGACAUCAUGAAUAACGCUUGCCGUGCUCUUGCGUACAUGCUGGAAGCACUUCCGCGAUCGUCUGGCACCGUCGUUGAUGCCAUUCCAGCCUUUCUCGAAAAACUCCAAGUCAUUCAGUGCAUGGACGUGGCCGAGCAGAGUCUUACGGCACUGGAAAUCCUCUCCCGUCGACACAACAAAAGUAUUCUCCAGGCCAACGGCGUGUCAGCUUGUCUCACCUAUCUGGACUUCUUCUCGAUCAAUGCACAACGCGCAGCACUCGCCAUCACGGCCAACUGCUGUCUGAAUCUGCAUGCGGAAGAAUUCCACUUUGUCAAAGAAUCGCUUCCGCUGUUGGCACGACUUCUCGCCCAGCAAGACAAAAAGAGUGUCGAAAGCAUAUGCACAGCUUUCUAUCGUUUGGUAGAUAGCUUCCAACACGAUCCCACCAUCCUGCAGGAAAUCGCAAGCAUGGAACUGCUGAAGAAUUGCCAGCAACUGUUGGUAGUAACCCCAUCGGUGCUCAACUCCGGCACGUUCACCAAUGUUGUCCGCAUGCUAAGCGUCAUGUGCGCCAAUUGUCCGGACCUGGCCAUCACUCUUCUAAAGAACGACAUCGCUUCGACGCUUCUCUAUUUGCUGACCGGAUCAGCAGAACCUGUAACGGCGGAUGUAGAACUGGUGCCAAGAUCACCAUCAGAACUUUACGAAAUAACUUGUCUUAUUGGAGAGUUGAUGCCUCGUCUGCCGACGGAUGGAAUCUUCGCCGUGGACUCCCUGCUGGAGCGAACCCAAGCCAACGUUCAGGAUGCUGUCCAGUGGCAAUGGAAGGACGACCGUGGCGUUUGGAGGCCAUACUCGUCGAUCGAUUCCCGCAUGAUCGAAGCCGCCCACCUGAAUUCCGACGACGAAAUCAGUUUGAGCACGUUGGGCCGUACAUAUACGAUCGAUUUCCAUUCGAUGCAACAGAUCAAUGAGGACACCGGGACCACACGUGCUGUACAAAGGAAAAUCAACCAUGCGCUGCUGGCUCAGCAACAAGGGACAGUGGUAAUCAAUACUGGGGGAAUACCCGGAGGUGUAACCAUUUCAAGUGAAACCGGGGAAGUAACUCCUAACUGCUCGGUAGGAACUGGAAGCGUCAAUCUGGCCACCAGACCACCAAAUGCCACUCGAGAUGCACGGAUAGCUUGCCUCAAGGAAGAGCGAGGUUUAGCAGCCGAGUUCAUCAAGAAUCUGUUCUCUGUUCUCUAUGAAGUGUACAGCUCAUCGGCUGGUCCCUCCGUGCGUUACAAGUGCCUAAGGGCGUUGCUAAGAAUGGUAUACUUUGCCAACGGUGAUCUGCUUCGUGAGGUACUGAAGAAUCAACUUGUAUCAUCGCACAUUGCCGGAAUGAUGGCUUCAAACGAUCUCCGAAUCGUAGUCGGUGCUCUGCAGAUGGCGGAAAUUCUGAUGCAAAAGCUUCCGGAAGUCUUCGGAAUGCACUUUCGUCGGGAAGGCGUCGUGCAUCAGAUCACACAACUGACGGAUCCAACAAUUCCGAUCUGUGCUGCUCCGUCUCCUAAAUCCGGUGCUCAAAGUGCCCCGUCAUCUGCUACUAUUCACCCGAACAAUACAUUCGACUUUGAUAGUGCCAUUGCCUCAAGUUCAAAGAGCGGCACCCAGGCGAUAGCAAUCGUUGGCGGUGCCGGUCCCCACGUCAAAAACCUCAACUCCGCCAUGAUGAUGGCCAGUAAGAUUAGCAUGUCGAUGCCAUCAACCAGCUCGAAUUUGCUUCAUUCGCCGACUUCGGCCGCCAAUCUACCCGGAACAUCGAGCAGCUUUACGGCAAUCAAUCUGAACACCUCCGCCAAAGCCCUUCACCAUAACCACCACCAUCAUCAGCAAAUGUCCACCAGUACUCUUCAUCUGGAAUCGUUGGCCACCAACAUGCAACCGAAUAUCCCCGGGGCAAUCGCCACCCCUAACAAUGGCAACAUUCUGCUGAAUGCAAUCUACAGCUCUGCAAUUCCAAUCAACCAACAGGCGUCUCAUCACCAUCAAUCGGAAUCCGCUGGUUCUACCCACCAUUUCCCGGAUACCUUUGCAUACAACGCUGAACAGGGCAUUCUGACAUCUCCACUAUCCGUCACCUCCGGUAGUGGAGCCACUUUAGUAGCCACAACUGUUGCAGCAUCCCAUCACGACACCCGAUCUCAUAGCCCAGGGCAGUUGAAAGUGUCCGACAUACUGAAGCGUAAAGUUCCACCAAAGCGAAAAUCCCAGAGCAGCUCCAAGUCCAAAUCCCGGCAUGAUGAUGCCGGUGCUUCCGGUAGCGGAGGAUCGCACUCCGUUGCCAGUGGAUCCAAUAUGGCGGGUUCGUCCGGUUCAUCAACCACUUCGUCGGUCAUGCAGGAGCUCAUCAACAAGGCCACAACGUUGGGAUCGUCCUCCGGGCGAAACACACCGUCGUCCAGCUCUCGGUCUCGGUUCUCCGGUGCUUCAUCGAAGACGACGUCUUUCCUGGCAUCGUUGAAUCCUGCCCGGUGGGGACGACAGUCAUCGUCCUCUUCGUCGCACCAUUCGAGCACUUCGUUCGCCAAGGAUGGUUCGAAUGCGCUCGCCAAGAGCCAGUCGAAUUCCAACCUGAUUGCGGCCGGCAACCGGGAAAAAGCACGCCAAUGGAUUCGGGAGCAAGCGAUCACUUUCGUGAAUCGUUAUUCGACAGAUAACGCUGGGGCGACGAGUGGUUCGUUGCAUCCGGCGUGUUCGAUUCUGUCCCGCCUGACGGCUGCCAUUCAGAAGUUGGACGGCAAUCAAGUCGAUUGCCUGUUGGCACUGAAGGAACUUCGUGAUAUCCUGAUAGAGAGUGACAUAUCUCCCUUCGAGGUAAACCAUUCCGGUCUGAUCCGCGCCAUGCUGACCUACAUGGCCAACGAUGCCAAUCAGCUGGUAGAACGUGCCGAUCGGCUCCGGAUGUUCCUGCACGUGUUUGCCAACCUUCCGUUGGAUGCAAACUUUUCGAGCAACGUUAGUCCAGCGAUCAACAGUGCACCGUUCAGCGCCUUUGUGGCCAAGCUGAAUGGAUGCGUUACGCAGCUGGAACAGUUCCCGGUCAAGGUGCACGAUUUCCCGGCCGGAGUUGGGGGCCGAUCAAACACAAGUGCUCUUAAAUUCUUCAAUACGCACCAGUUGAAGUGUAAUCUUCAACGUCAUCCCGAGUGUACGAAUUUACGGCAAUGGAAGGGAGGCACCGUGAAGAUCGACCCUCUGGCUUUGGUACAGGCAAUCGAACGCUAUCUGGUGGUCCGUGGCUACGGAGGAAUACGGGUUGACAGCGAGGAGGAUUCGGAAGAGGACAUUGAUAACAUCGAUGCGGCUGCGAUGAUUUCGAUGGGUGGACUGAAGCACAAAUUGCAGUUCCUGAUUGGGGAGCACGUGCUGCCAUACAACAUGACGGUGUAUCAAGCGAUCCGUCAGUACUCGCCCCUGGUAAACGAUCAGUCGGAAACGGACACGGAUACGGAAACGCCUAUCGGAAGCGCCAGCAUUUGGGUCCAGCAGCACACCAUAUAUUACCGCCCGGUUGAAGAGGAUUCCAACAGUGCGUCCAAGAGCGGGCAGUCAAGCUCUUCGCGGAAGAAUAGCAAAAACUCCCAAUCGAAGAUAAUGCGCCGGAAACCGGAAUUCUGGAUCGAUGGUAUUGCCCCGCCGAUAAUAUCCUCCCUGAUGCCAUUCCUGACGUCCAAACUGCCCGAUGUGGUCAGCGUGCAGGACGCUUCGCUAGAUGCCCUCUGCAUGCUCCGCAUCAUCAACGCUUUGAACCGCCACUGGGCCACUUUGUACUUCUCGGUGCCGCAGAGCCACAUCAUUCCCCAGAUUGAAUUUAUCCAUUCGAAGAUUGCUGCCAAGGCCAGUCGUCAGCUGCAGGAUCCGUUGGUCAUCAUGACCGGCAAUCUGCCGCAGUGGUUGCAGCAGAUUGCGGCCGCUUGUCCAUUCCUGUUCCCGUUCGAAACGCGCCAUCUGUUGUUCUAUGCCGUUUCGUUUGACCGGGAUCGAGCUCUCCAGAGACUGUUGGAUACGACGCCCGAUCUCAACUCGGCAGACACCAGCGAGCGGGUGACACCCCGGCUAGACCGACGUAAGCGUGCCAUUUCUCGCGAAGACAUCCUCAAGCAGGCGGAAUCGAUCAUUCAGGACUUUGGCCACUCCAAGGCGCUCCUGGAGAUUCAGUACGAAAAUGAAGUCGGUACCGGGCUGGGUCCAACCCUUGAAUUCUACGCACUGGUUUCAACCGAACUGCAACGCUGUGAUCUAGGUUUAUGGAACGACAGUGAUAGCUAUAAGAACAACAACAAUCAACAGUCAAGUUCGAUAGCGGACAACAUCGUGAAGUCGUCGUUGAAUCAGAUAGAUGAUGACACGACGAAUGCUGCCACGACUACGAAUCGAUCGUCCUUGUCGCCGAUGGCCACCCGGCAUCAGCAUCAUCAGCACCAGCAACAGGACAGUGAUCAUAAUGUUAGCGAUGGCAGCUUCGUUAUCAGCAAUGACAACUCGCUGAACAUGCUGAUUGAGCAAUCGGACAACCUGCUGCUGAGCAGUAAUCCCCAACAGGCCGAACUGGAAAACAAUCAAACGCCACCGCCGAUGACCCAGCAGCAUUCGCUGGUCUCUCCGGCAUCCGGCGCCGGUGGCAGCAGUGGGACUGUUUCCUACGUCAACGCACCCCACGGGCUGUUCCCGAUUCCCCUCAGCAAAACGGCAAAAACUUCGCAGAUCUCACGCUUGAAGUACAAGUUUAAAUUCUUAGGCAAAUUUAUGGCUAAAGCUGUGAUGGAUAGUAGGAUGCUUGAUCUACCGUACUCGAUACCGUUCUACCGGUGGUUGUUAGCGGAGGAGAACUCGAUCGGGCUGCCUGAUCUGGACCAGGUGGCACCAGAAGUGCAGGUAACGCUUCUGCGACUGAACGAGAUCGUCAAACAGCGGGAUCUGAUACAGGCGGAUCUCACCCUGGACGCCAUGGAGAAGACUGAAAAGAUCGAAGCACUCGACUUGGAUGGUUGCCCGAUCGCCGAUUUGGGUCUGGACUUCGUUCUGCCCGGCCACCCGAACAUUGAGCUACGUCGCGGUGGACGCGAUACGGCUGUUACCAUCCACAAUCUGCAUCAGUACAUUUCACUGGUGACCCACUGGUUCUUGGUCGAGGGCGUUUCGCGGCAGUUUGAAGCACUGCGAGAAGGAUUUGACUCGGUAUUCCCCGUCAACCGGUUACGCAUGUUCUACCCCGAGGAAUUGGAGAACGUGUUCUGCGGUUCUGGGCUGAACGCGGCCUCGCAUCAACGGUGGGACGUUCGAAUGUUAGCCGAAUGCUGCCGCACGGAUCACGGCUUCAGCCAAGACUCGCAGGCCAUUCAGUACUUCUACGAAAUCCUGAGCACCUACAACCGGGAAGAGCAGCGUCUGUUCCUGCAGUUUGUCACCGGAAGUCCUCGCUUGCCGACCGGUGGUUUCAAAGCGCUGACCCCGCCGUUGACGAUCGUGAGGAAGAAGAUGGACGGCAAUCAGAACCCGGACGAAUAUCUGCCAUCGGUGAUGACCUGUGUCAACUAUCUCAAGUUGCCGGACUACUCGAGCCGGGAAGUGAUGCGGCAGAAGCUGAAGCUGGCCGCCAGCGAGGGCAGCAUGAGCUUCCAUCUGUCCUAAACGCGAACGAGGUGGAAAGAGUUCACUUUAAAUACUAGUCGUCGCCCGUUUUGUUUAUCUCAUCGUUGCGUUAUUUUCGGAAUCGGUUUUGUUUUCUUCCCGGGGAGAAAAAGGUAUACCUACAACAAAUUAUGUUUUUUAUUAGUGAUGAUGUAAUAUUUUGGAAGCAGACGCUGUGUGUCGCUGCUGCGCGGAAAACUAACCGAUUAUCUCAACCAAAUAAAAGCUAGUGAAAUGAAAGUUCAUUUGAAAUGAAGGCAGAGGAACGUACAGGAGAGAACGUGCUUAACGUCGCGUCAUAUGUGUGUACAUAGUAGAGAAUACGGAAGAGAAGAAGCAAGUUUUUUUUGUAUUUGUUUUUCAUAAUUUUGGACAUAAAUUUGCCAACCUUGGUUAUCAUUGGAGAAAAAAAA